AUGGCGCCCGGCGCGCCGGCCCCCGGCGGGGGAGGAAAUAUCAAGGUCGUGGUCAGAGUGCGUCCUUUCAACGGGAGAGAACACGACCGAGGCGCAACAUGUAUCGUGGAAAUGAAAGACAACCAAACGAUCCUGACCCCGCCGCCGGAUGCUGCUGGAGGGAAAGGGGCCAAGGACCAUGGACCAAAAGUCUUCGCCUUCGACAAGUCAUACUGGUCCUUCGACAAGAACGCGCCGAACUAUGCCGGACAAGAGCAUCUCUUCCAGGACCUCGGUAAACCGUUGCUUGACAAUGCCUUUCAAGGGUACAACAAUUGUAUCUUUGCCUAUGGCCAGACGGGCUCAGGGAAGUCCUACUCGAUGAUGGGUUAUGGCAAGGAUGCAGGUAUCAUUCCAAACAUCUGCCAGGAUAUGUUUAGGAGAAUCAACGAGAUGCAACAAGACAAGAACUUGCGCUGCACCGUCGAAGUGUCGUACCUAGAAAUCUACAAUGAGCGGGUCCGCGACCUGCUGAACCCGGCCAACAAAGGAAACCUCAAGGUUCGAGAACAUCCGUCCACAGGCCCGUACGUGGAGGAUCUUGCGAAGCUGGUAGUGGGGAGUUUCCAGGAGAUUGAGCACCUGAUGGACGAGGGCAACAAGGCGAGAACCGUGGCGGCAACCAACAUGAACGAGACGUCAAGCCGUAGCCACGCCGUCUUCACCCUCAUGCUGACACAGAAACGCUUCGAUCCCGAGACCAAAAUGGAGAUGGAGAAGGCGGCAAAGAUUAGUCUCGUUGAUCUUGCGGGUUCAGAAAGAGCAACCUCCACAGGAGCGACUGGGGCCCGCCUCAAGGAAGGCGCUGAGAUCAACCGAUCUCUCUCCACGCUUGGUCGUGUGAUUGCAGCAUUGGCAGACCUGUCCACUGGCAAGAAGAAGAAGGGCGCGGCAGGCCAGGUUCCUUACCGAGACAGCGUGCUCACCUGGCUGCUCAAGGAUUCGCUUGGAGGAAACAGUAUGACGGCCAUGAUUGCUGCCAUCAGCCCGGCGGACAUCAACUACGACGAAACACUCAGCACGCUCCGGUACGCCGACUCUGCGAAACGGAUCAAGAACCACGCAGUCAUCAACGAAGACGCCAACGCACGCAUGAUCCGUGAACUAAAGGAGGAGUUGGCUCUCUUGCGGAGCAAGCUAAGCGGCGGAGGAGGAGUUGGCGGUGCACCAGUCCCGAUCGAGGAGGUAUAUGCGGAAGGAACACCUUUGGAGAAGCAGAUUGUCAGCAUUACGCAGCCGGAUGGCACCGUAAAGAAGGUCUCAAAGGCCGAGAUUGCAGAGCAGUUGAAUCAGAGCGAGAAGCUUCUCCAAGAUCUCAACCAAACCUGGGAGCAGAAGCUGGCCAAGACGGAGGAGAUCCACAAGGAGCGUGAGGCUGCGCUAGAAGAAUUAGGAAUCAGCAUUGAGAAGGGCUUCAUUGGGAUGUCGACACCAAAGAAAAUGCCCCAUUUGGUCAAUCUUUCAGACGACCCCCUGCUCGCGGAAUGCCUGGUUUAUAACCUCAAACCCGGAUCUACAACGGUUGGCAAUGUCGAGUCAAAUGCGGACCACCAGGCCAACAUACGCCUGAACGGUUCCAAGAUCCUCCACGAACACUGUGUCUUCGAGAAUGCCCCGGAUGGGACGGUAAUGCUCAUUCCGAAGGAAGGUGCCGCUGUCAUGGUGAACGGAAAACGCAUCACGGGGCCGACACGUUUGCACUCGGGCUACCGCAUUAUCCUCGGCGACUUCCACAUUUUCAGAUUCAACCAUCCCAUGGAGGCACGUGCCGAACGCGCGGAGCGGGCAGAGCAGAGUCUCCUACGGCAAUCUAUCACAGCAAGCCAGUUGCAAGCGCUAGAGAAGACAUCUCCCUCACCGAGCCCAAGACUGGGGCAUGAUCGGAGCUACAGCACAGCCAUCUCGGAAUUCAGCGACAGCCGCCCAGACUCACCCGCAACGUUCCAACGCAACGCGAAGGAGUCUGAUUGGUCAUUUGCGCGUAGAGAAGCCGCGCCCGCCAUUCUGGGGACGGACCAGAACUUUGCAAAUCUGACUGACGAAGAGCUCAAUGCUCUGUUUGAAGAUGUCCAGCGCGCCCGCGCAGAACGGGUGAAUGUCCGUGAGGGUGACGAAGACAUGGAGUCGCUGGCGUCGUACCCGAUCAGGGAGAAGUACAUGUCGACGGGUACCAUUGACAACUUCUCGCUCGAUACCGCUUUGACCAUGCCAUCGACGCCGAAGCAGGGCGAGACCGAGGAAAAGUUGCGCGAGAUUCGCGAGGAUAUGCAGAACCAGCUGGAGAAACAGAAAGACGAGUACAGGGAUCAGCUAAAGAGCGCCGAGGCGGCAAAUGUUGAGGUCGAGGAAAUCAAAAAGGAGAAGGCAAGGAUGGAGGAGACGCUUAUUCAACUCAAGGCCGACAUGCAGAAGCAGCUCGACGUCCAGCGCCGCGAAUUUGAGGCGAAAAUCGAAAAAUUGGAUCCGCUCAAACGGCCAAAGGCCAAGCCGAAGUUGUCACCUGAGGAAAUUGAGCGCGCAAAGGGGGUCGUCAAGCACUGGAGAAGUCGACGUUACGUGCAAAUGGCCGAAGCUGUCUUGCAACACGCCGCAACGCUAAAAGAGGCCCAGAUCAUGAGCCACGAGCUGGAUGAACACGUCGUCUUCCAGUUCACCGUAGUUGAUGUCGGCCACGUCUUGUGCUCGUCCUACGAUAUGGUCCUUAACGGGCUGCCGGGCGAAGGAGAGGACAUUCCGCUCGAGGAGGCGCCGAAGCCGUGCAUUGGUGUCCGUGUUGUGGACUACAAGCACGGGGUUGUCCAUCUAUGGAGUAUCGAGAAGCUCCACGAUCGGGUCAGACAGAUGCGGCAGAUGUACCAAUAUCUUGACCAGCCGGAGUAUGCCCAACACCUGAGCCUCGGCAACCCUUUCACUGAGACGUGCAUGCCGCAGUAUACUCUAGUUGGGGAAGUCGACGUUCCCUUGAAGGCGGUAUUUGCGAGUCGGGUCCAGGACUUCACGCUCGAUGUCUUCUCCCCUCACACAUCGCAGGCGAUUGGCAUCAUCAAGCUCGCGCUGGAACCGUCCAGCGCUCGAGCUCCGCCAAACACGCUCAAGUUCAACAUUGUCAUGCACGAGAUGGUCGGAUUCGCGGAGCGGGAGGGUACCGAGGUACAUGCGCAGCUUUUCAUUCCUGGUAUCUCUGAGGAUGGAAUUACCACCACGCAGAUGAUCAAAGACUUUGACGAGGGCCCGAUCCGGUUUGAGAGCGUUCAUAGUAUGAGUGUUCCGCUCUCCGCGCCGCCGGAGACUACACUGAGGGUAGCGAUAUUCGCCAAGGUAUCGGCUAUGCACCUUGACAAGCUCCUCAGCUGGGACGACAUGAGAGAUGCGGUGCCCAUAUCUCAGGGCAAGCCCAAAGGCGCAAGGAUCAGCGAAUCGCACUUCUUUACCGAGGAAAAGCACGACUUACUCGCGCGCGUGCAGAUUCUCGAGAUGAACGAAGAGGGUGACUAUGUCCCUGUCGAGGUCACUCAAACCAGCGAGCUCGACAGCGGCACGUUCCAGCUGCAUCAAGGCCUGCAGAGGCGCAUCGCCAUCAAUCUCACUCAUAGUUCGGGAGAUGCGCUGCCGUGGGAUGGUGUCACGUCGAUGCGAGCGGGCAAGAUCCAGCUCCUAGACAGCGCAGGCAAAUCGCCCGACAUGGGCUCCGCUAGUCCUGAACUGCCACUGAAGCUGUCAUCCCAACCCGUGUUUCGGACAAACGCGAACGGCACCCGAAGUGUUGCUAUUGUAGGACAAUGGGAUUCGAGUCUCCACAACUCGCUGCUGCUGGACCGGGUGACUGCCGACAAGUAUCGGGUUCAAAUGACAAUCUCAUGGGAGGUUACAUCCGAAAAACUCGCCGAGCCGAUGAAGUUCUCGAUGAACGUCUGCUGCCAGAUCCUGUCUCGGAAUUUUGUCCGGCAGACGUCGGUGUUCUCGGCGCUCUGGCAGCACCUUCGGAUUGUCCACUCGGCGACGGGCAUCUUCACGCUGCAAAUGCGGCCCGCGCCCAUCAAGCGGGUGGGUGAUCUGUGGCGGAUGAACAGCCAGCAUGACUAUGUUAAGGGGGAGGAAAGCCUAGCUGCCUGGACGCCGCGUGGAGUCUCGCUAGUGGCUGAUUAUAUCAGUUCAAGGAAAAGGAGGCGGAUGAUGACCGAGAUUGCUGCUAUGCAGAUCUUCUUGAAGAAGAUCGGCUUCCGAGGCACAAAGGACGAAUCCCACAACGUCGACGGAGCCGAAGAUAUAGACAUUCCGCCCCCUAUAAACAGUGAUGCUGACUCUAUUGCCGAGCUUCUCAAGGACACCCCCGAGCCAUCCGAAACCUCAUCUCCUGACGCAUCCCAGGCUAUCGAAAACGGAGACACCACUCAACAGCAAGACGAAGAGUCCCAACCCUCAACACCAGAAGAAACAAAGCCAGAGCCGGAGUACAUAGACUCCCAAGCCAGCCUCCUCAAUCGCGCCCUAACACUUUGGCGGCGUUACCCGGACCCUAUCCUUAAGCUCCUCAGCCCAGCCAACACCGACCCUCCGGAAGACGGAGCGGUCGACAGCGCCGACUCGCCGGUACCCGCGCCCGGCUUUGUGGCCACGGUCGUGCGGGUGCCCAAGAAUCCGAGCGUGCUCAAGGGUGGCUAUCUCCUGGUACCCAACAGCGACUCGACGCGGUGGGUGAAGCGCUUUGUCGAGCUGCGCCGGCCGUACCUGCACAUCCACAGCGUCGGCAACGGCGAGGAGAUUGCCAUUGCCAGCUUGCGCAACUCUAGGGUCGACAGCCAGCCGGGAAUCCUGGGGCUGUUGAAUCCCGCCGGCGACGGUCCCGGAUACGGGUACGGUCAUCACCAGUAUGACGGGGACGGCGCUGACGGGAACGGGAACGGGAACGGGAACACGAACGGAAAUGGAAGCGAAAACUCCAAGUAUAACAGUCCUCGGCGGGCCACCUCGCCUGCCCCGGGCGCGGCGGGCCUGAUUGCCUCCCUUUGGCCGGGCGGGAGCGGUGGAGGCAGCAGUGGUAGCGGCACUAGCACGCCCAAUCCUGGUUCGGGUGCCCACGCUAAUGGAGGAGCAGGAAGUAGUGGUGGUGGUGGUGGUGGUGGUGGUGGUGGUGGGAUUACCAGGUUAAGCGAACGACUCCAGGCCGGCGUGUUUGCUGUCUACGGGACGGACAAUACCUGGCUCUUUGCGGCGCGCAGCGAGCGGGAAAAGAUGGACUGGGUGUCAAAAAUCGACCAGAGCUUUGCCAUGGGCAGCGGCAGCGUGAGCGGUGCCGGGAGCGCGAGCGCCAGUGGAGCCGUCAGCCCGAAUCCAAGGGUUGGACGAUGGUAA